GCGAAGCGCGCCUUCAUACUUAGUAAACUAGACUAUUCGGUUACUGAUUACGAAUAUACGAAUACGAUAUACACGGCAAUUGCGGUUGGCUCUAAUCACUCCUCGAGUCCAUCAUAGGCUCGAGCUUAAAUAUUCCGCAAAGCGGCCGACAUUUGCAUAAUCAGAUCGACAAACAUAGUCAUUAUUAUUAGACGCUCGUUAACAAUUACCCGGUCUCGCGCGUCCACGUGGGUGUCUAGUGCACAUAACGAUAAAUCGAAUGAGAAAAAAACCUGUUUGCGAUCUAGCAUACACCGAACCAAUUUACGCAGCUGACAAGUCUAUAAAACAGCCGUCGAUUCCAGUCUGGAUUUCUGAAAGGGGAACAUCAGUAGCUCGUGAAUAGCAGCCGAUGAAACUAUAACAUUACGCGCGGCAAAAAGACUAAAUACGCGGUGAGCAGUGUACGUGCAUUUUUGUUAUUUUUCCAUCGUCACGAGAGCUCAAUUUGAAUUUCGGCAAAAAAGCGCUGCUUGCGAAAAAAACUUGUUCUGAUUUGCCAUUCGAUCAUCGCGGAGUUUAUAUAUAUAUUUUUUUCAUAUUUCUCGCCUCUUUGUUAUUGCGCGCAAACGUCAAUUCGGCUGCUCCAUCGACGAUUCAGCUCUCGCGAAAACAUUCGCAUCAAUCGUGCAGCAUUUCAAUAUAAUCGUCUGCGCAUUAUUUACGAAAACAAAGUGUCAUCCUCGCCAAUCAGUGCGAGUAUAAACUUCGGUAAAUCCCAGAGCCGACGACCUGAUGGAUCGCUGGCGCGGCAAAGUGGCCCUGGUAACGGGCGCAGCCUCGGGAAUUGGAGCGUCGAUUUCGCGCCGAUUGCUCGAUGCGGGCCUUGUCGUAGUCGGCUUGGAUGUUCAGAUCGAGCCGAUGCUGGAAUUGCAGAGUCAAAACCAAGGCUUUCACGCGAUUCGAUGCGACGUCUCGCGCGAGGAGGAGCUCGUGAGAGCUUUUAAGAAGGUCGACAGCGAGAUCGGCCAGCUGCAGGUGAUGGUUAACAAUGCUGGGAUCACUAAUUAUACGCCUAUUAUUGAGAGCGACAGACAGACUUUCGAGAGGAUGAUAAAUAUUAAUGUUCUCGCAAUGGCUAGUUGCAUAUCAAAGGCGGUUCAGAUGAUGAGAGCAAAUAAAGUGGAAGGCCAUAUCUUCAACACCAAUAGCGUCUUGAGCCACGAGAUACCCAUGGGACCGAUCGAUGGAGUCGACGGCUGGAACCUGUACCCCAGCAGCAAGCAUGCGACUCUCGCGAUGACGCACACGGUUCGCCGCGAAAUCAGCCGAGCUGGCCUGCCCAUAAGGAUUACGAGUAUCAGCCCGGGUCUUGUAAAAACUCAGAUAACGAGUCACACCCAAGAGCUGAAGGAUUUAUUUGACAAAGAAGCAGCUCUCGAUCCGACUGACAUCGCAGACGCACUAAUCUACGCCUUGGGCAUUCGACCAGAAGUUCAGAUCACAGAAAUUACCGUCCAAAGAACGGGAGAGCUGUAAAUAUGAUUUUCUCAUAUUCACAUACUCGUAAAGAAAAGUAUUCAUCAGUACAGUUAUUGUUAUUUAUCACGAGGUAAAUUGUAAAAACAAAAACAAGUUCCUCUCCGAGUUUAGACUGUACAAAUGGACCGUUCAGGAAAUUUUACCUCCGAAAAAAUUACAUCGAUGAUAAAAGCGCAAGUGUCUUUGUACAUUCAUUAUCAAGCGCCGCUGGUUUCGCGCGCUUCUUUAUUUGAGAUCCCUUCGAUAUGCUGGCUUCCCUCUUUUAAAGAUUAUUGGUUGUUUUGUGCAUAAAUUAGACUACAAACGGGCGCGCAAAGCUCUUUAAAUUUAUUCGAAUUUCGAUUGUUCUUUGCGGGUGGUGAUAAGGUCAAUUGUGUUCGUUCGGUUAUCAGUAUAGAGGGAAAGCUGGAAUGCAAAUUGCAUAAGGAAUGAAUAGUAUAAGAUAGAUAUUAGCAUAUGUAAAUUGAAUAUAUCAAUGUAAAAAUAAACAACAAAUAAUUAAAAGGAGUCUAUACUUAAAGACAUAGUAACGAGUCAAACAUAA